AUGAUUAACAAAAAAAAUUCUUUUAAAAUGGGAAACCAAACAGAAAUUAAAGAAAGUCCAAGUAGUGAAAUUCGCCCAAAACUUGAGCAAAUCCAACGCCGUUCAACUCGUAAACGAUCAGCACCAAAAUAUGAACAAGUUGACGAAAUGGAGGAUAUUGUUGUGGAUGAUGUUGUUGAUCCAGUUGUAAUACCUAAAGUUGCUGUAGUUGAUACGGAAGAGGAUGAGGUUGAAUUUACUAGAGGAUUUACAAACAAGGGAUCUAUUUGUAUUUGGUACAACGGUUAUCGUUACAUUAGAUUUGGACAUCGUGGUUACAAACAUUAUGAUACUUAUUGGCGUUGUAGUAACCGUCGAUGUUCAGCAAAAGCAUUUGCAUUGGAACAAGAAGAUGGGAAAAUAAUUGGAGGACUCAAAUAUACGCAUAAUCAUUUGCCACAACCAGAGCAAAGAUUGGCAGAAAUUAAACGACAGGAAUUGAAACAAAGAGCGAGAGAAGAUCCUACUUUGAGUGGAGCAAGUCUUGUUGCAAGUAUUCGAUCUGGUUGCGAUGAUGAAACUUUUGUGGCUUUGGGAUCGGAUGCUUCUCUUGCGCGUUUGGCUCAAAGGUUUAUUUUUUUGUAUUUUUUUCUAUUAGGGGUUUGUUUUGAAAUUUUAUGGCAAAUAUUUAUAGAAAUUAUACUAGAGUUAGGAAGACGGGCUCUGGUCUUCUAA